UUGGGGCUUUUUAUGCGCGAACUGGCCAUGCUCGAGCAUAGAAUUCGCGGUUAAAGUCUGGCUGUUAAGGAGAAUUUUGUUUCACUGUGUUAUUAAGGUACAUUGACUUGCUGUCCACUGCUGAAAUGGCCACCUCCUGCGGAGAUAUUCAGGUAAAGGAGAUUGACAAACGUGCAUCUGGCCAGGCGUUUGAGGUGAUACUGGGUGCUCCAGCUCCAGACGCCAAGGGAGAGUUCCCUCUGUCUCCCCCCAAGAAGAAGGACCUGUCCCUGGAGGAGAUCCAGAGGAAACUGGAGGCUGCAGAGGAGAGGAGGAAGUCCCAUGAAGCAGAGGUUCUGAAGCACCUAGCUGAGAAGAGGGAGCAUGAGAAGGAGGUGCAAAGGAAAGCCAUGGAGGAGAACAACAACUUCAGUAAGAUAGCUGAGGAGAAGCUUAACCAGAAGAUGGAAGCCAACAAAGAGAACAAGGAGGCCCUUCAGGCAGCCAUGAGCGAGAAGUUCAAGGAGAAGGACAAGAAACUGGAAGAGGUGCGGGCCAAAAAGGAAACCAAAGAGGGCGGUGCCGAGACAUCAGAAAACUGAACUUCUGUCUAUUGGGGAUUGUAUACUAGAGGGUUUUUUACAUAUCCAAAGAUUGAUUUAUAUUUAGUUAAUGGCCAGUAUUUUUGUCUUCACCGCCACCCACCUAUUGACGAAAAUAAUAAAGUUCUCCCUGUUUGUGAAUUCAACUUCUCUCCUGCUAUAAGUGUACUUGCAUUAGUUUUACACGUGGCUAUUUUUGUCCCCUUGUUGCUUCUACUCCAUGGCGGUCUGCAAGUUACUAACCGUCAAUUCCUCAAAUGCAUUGGAGAGGAUCUAAAGUCCUUUUCUUUAGACUUCCUCAAUGAAGCUUUGAGAGAAAUUAAGGAAGCAAGGAUUUGACCACUAGUGACCAUUUCAUACACAGCCCAUUUCUUUGGCUAUUUAGCUUUUGUCAUUGCAUCUUCUGACCUAAUGAAAAAUAGCAGUAUAUGUACUUAUCCUUUAAGGAAGCAUGUCUCUAUGCAUAGGUCCUCGACAUGAUCUCUUCCAUAGUGCUGCUUUGGAAUCUUGUAUCUGUUACACCUGGCUAAUAGUUGAUCAAUGGUUGUUGAUCUGGUUUGGUAACAUGUUGAUCAAUUUCACCUUUUUCACAGCAGGUGUAGUAUCGCACCUUUUACUAUUUCGAGAACUUCUAGUCUUGCUCUUAAAGGACUGUGGCAUCCUGAUCCUAUUCCCUAAUGCACUACCCAAAAGUAGUGCACUGAAUAGGGUGCCAUUCAACUCACCCAAGUUUAAUCUUUGUGCCACUGCAGGUUUUUUGCUUAUGUAAAGUGGGGUUUUGUCUCAAAGCACAUGACUUUGUUCUAUUGUAGGUCCAUGAAUUAACUUUUUUUUUCAUCCUUGUGUAUUAUCUAUGAUGUUCCUGGAAGACUGGGUCUACACAUGGAAUGCACUUUGGCAUCUCAAUAGAUAAUGUUACUAGUUGACUUAACGGUUGUACUAAACAAUAAAUAAUACCAUUGUCAAACCCC